AUGCCGGAAGAAGGGACUACUCUCUAUCAGUGGAAUGCCUCAACGCUUUGCUUUUCAGGUUUGUGCUACUCUAACCUAUAAUUUAUACUGGUGAAAACAAUGUCGUAAUUUCUUUUAGUGACAUGUUAAAAGGGAUACAGUGGGUCCAAACAGUCAUAUAAAUUUAUUUGUUGGUAGGAAAGACAUCUCUCGUCUAUAAAGAAAGCAGCAUAUCUUUCCUUUCAUGUUCUUAUUAUUCGCCAUUUCAAUUUUGGGUCUCCAUGCCCAAGCACAAGCUGUUACCUUAAUAAUCAAUUUAUUUUUACUCCUAAUCUAGAUCAAGGAUUAUGCUCUUGAUGCUAGAGUGCCACUGGACAAUUGCUUGGCCUGUUCGAAGAUUCCUUGUACAUAUAAGCUUAUGCAAUUUUUUUCUUCCAGAUUUGCACAACUGGGAGAACAAACUGCUACGUGUUCUGCAAGGAGUGUGUAUGACACUUUACAUGGAUCUCCCAACAGAUCGAAUGUGCCGCGCAUGAACGAGGUCAUGCCCGUCGGCAGGAACCUCGACCGGGAAGAGCGGGAGCCGAGCUUCCAGGAUUGCCUACUGAAAGAGGCCAGAGACACCAAGUUUCUCCGUUUCUCCUUUUCCGCGGGGUGGAUCUCCAGCUCCAUGAUUUUGAGCUUUGCGGCUGCAUCCAGAACUUGUUCAGUUCUUCAAAUGCUGAGACUGAACUGUGCUUGAACUGACAUGAAACAUGACACGCGACAUGUAUGUAUAUCGACCUGGCCGUUUCAUCGUUGGAACCUGGCCGUGGUGGACGCCGCGAGGCACGGUAUAAAAACCCGGCUCGCUUCGGCGAAAGAGCGAGAGCGACCGCGUUCACAAGCCCCACACGGUCCCUUACCUCGCACGCCAGCAGACUCGCCGUUACCGCCGCCGCGUCGUCGAGGAACUCCGAUGGCCUCCACCGGCGGAGGCACCGGCGGAGGCCGCCACUGGCUCGAGGACGAGGCGCCCGACCUCCGCUCCCGCAUCCGCCAAACCCUGUGAGCAGCCACCACUCCUCCCUCAGCUCCCCCCCUGUCCGUGCACCCCCGUCCCCAGCCCGUACAGCGUCCCCCGCCGGUCCCCGCCCGCGGUCGAUCGCCUGGGGGAUAGAAUUUCUGGCGGAUCCCCAGGCCCCGCCCGGAUCUGGGGGUUGGGUCGAAUGGAAUUGAGCGGAUUGGUUGAGGGCUUAGGGGUUUCGCGUAGCCGGCGGGGGUUCAAGCCUUCCUCUCCUGGGUGUAAUUACCACGCGCACGUAAUUAAUUGAUAUAUAAACCGAAGAGAUAAAUCAGUUGCAAAUCGCACCUACUGCAUGGUCGGAGUCGGACACGGAAACCGAAUCCCGCACGUGUGGUGAUCGAUGGUGUCCGUCACCGAUUCGUAUCGAGUGAGUACUCCGCGCAGCUUUGCCUAUAUAUUCAUAACCUACCUACCUACCUAGCUGCAAAGCAAGACCAGACGUCAUAUUAGAAUCGAUCAGAAAGCCGAGAGGAGGCUAUGAAGAUCCGGCAUGUGCUCACCCAAUCCAUCACCUUCCUCGUUAUGGUCGUUGCGUUGCUGGUGUUGGUGCCCGAGGGAAUGAUGCUAGCGACGGGUGUCAAGUCACCGGCGAUGUCGGUUUUGUCAGAAAGUAUGGAGCCUGCAAUUAAAAAGGGCGAUAUGGUGUUUGUACACAACAUGAGCAAUGAACCUUUCCGCGAAGGAGAGGUCGUUCUUUUCAAAGUUGAUGGCUUUGAACAUCCAAUUGUCCAUCGUGUGAUCAAGGUUUACGAGCAUCGAGAUACCGGAGAAAUCCGAAUACUCACCAAAGGAGACAACAAUUCAAUGGAUGACCGAUUUCUCUAUGCGAGCGGGCAGCUUUGGCUUCAACCGCAUGACAUUAUUGGACGGGUUGCAGGCUAUCUUCCAUAUGCUGGAUGGCCUAGUGUCUUCAUCAGUGAAGCUUAUAAGAUGUUGCUGAAUGGUGGAAGCACUACAACUCCAGAAGUACUAUGGGUAACAAUGUAACCGCGGCAGAUUUAUGUGGAUGGCCUCCAUAGUGUCUUGUUCGUGGUUAAAGUAUGCAUCAAACGAACGAAGAGUAUGUAAAAGACACAUCAUUAUCAUAGUCUCCACAACAGAGUUAAUCGAGCUCCAUCUGUCUUGUUGAAGUCAUUUCUAUAGCACGGUCGACAGGAUUCCCUUUUUCGAGAACACGCAAAAGUCUUACAUUUAUUUGCACGGA